CAGUUGUUCACUUCAACUUCAAGCUCGACAGGCAGCCAGCACUUGUAAGCUGGCAGUGCGCAUUGGAAUGGGGUCAAGUCAACGCAUUGAUCCGUGACAUCAGAAAGCUCAUCAUAGUAAAGUCUGUUAGGUGAUCUAUCUUCAUCCAGUGGUACGAUGGGAACCCGGCUGGUGCCUUUCCUUUCCUGGGAGGAGUGGGAGAGUGUCGGGCGGGACUUGUUUGCGCAGGGGACUGCAGAGAACCAGCGAGGCUUGAACAGGGUGGCGGCGUGGAGGUACCGGGGCCGAGUCCCAGUGGCGGUUGAGAGCACAGCAGAGCUAGUGGAGAUCCGGCUGCGAGACUCAAGCCUUGGAUGCCACCCCGCAGCGGCCCUUCCCGAGCAAUCUCUCCGCUGCCUCUAUGCGAUGUCGCUCGUCCGCUUCAUCAACGGUGUAACGGACCAGGGCCAGAAGGGCCGCGCCGCGAUCCCGGUCGCGACGCUCGCGGAGGCCGCCGGACUGCCGCGCCUGCUGGUGGAUAUCCGCCACGAAGCGGUGCACAACGAGCUGCCAAGCCUGCCGCUGCUGCGGAUGGCCGGGCAACAGGCCCUGUCUUGGCUGGAGGCGAACUACUGGUCUGCCCAGAAGCAGGCCUUGCUGCUCGCCUACACCGCCACCCAACAGGGCCUUCUGCAACUGGCCGCUCUACAAGGCCCCUUGAAACCAGAAGUCGAAUCCACCCCCCCGAAAAAGCGAAAACGCGGCGUGGGAGAGGAGAAGCAGAAGAAGCAGAAGAAGCAGAAGACGCAGCACGAGGUGCUGGAGAAAGAACGUGCGCGGUUGGUCAGAGAGCUGGUCGAGGGGGGGCCGGAGAGUCUGGUGGGCGCCGUUUUAGAAUCCGUGGUAAGCAGUAGGGAGAAAGGGGCGGCUUUGGAGACGGACUAUACCUUGGAGCAAGACGGGAGCCCAGAAGAAUUGGAAAAGGAAACGCGGAGAGAGGGUCUGACUUUGGAAGAGGUGGGCGGAGUGAUUGGGGCCCUAGAGGGAAGGGCGCCUUACCUGCCGUCGAUGCUCCUAUCUGAGGCCAUCCAGCGGCUAGCGGCGAGCGCCAGCUGGCAGGGGCCUACGGAGCCUGGUGUGAACGGCCUUUCUGGUGUGAACGGGCUCCCUUGCGCAAACGGGCCCACUGUUGUGGACGGGGGCUACAAGUGGCAGCAAAGUUUGAAGGAGUUUGCGCUGUGGUUGUUGGAACGGGGGGGUGGAUCGGGUGGGUUUGGCGCCCCCCUGCUGAAGGUGCUCUUGCGUCGGUGUCUCGACAUGGGGGAUACCCUUUUGGGAGGGGAGCUCGUGACAGCGUUAAUGACGUCACUAGCGCAGAGCAAUCCGGGGCUAUUGGAUCGAGAGGGGGGUCAGAGAGGGGAAGGGAAUGGCGGAGGCCUUCCGGCCAAGAUGCAAGCGCUUCUGAGGCUAGCUACGGUGACGAGGAAUGCGAGCCACGGCUCUGCAAACAAGAGCGUAGUUGAUCCACCCGACGAUCUCGAGACAGCCGCACAGAAGCAGAGGGAGCUCUUGCACGCCCUGUCCCAGCAACGGUUCGCGAACGCGACCGAAGUAAAGGAACGUCUAGAGAGUGGCGAUGCGCAGACUGCCAGCCCCUCUGCCCGAGAGAAACCUUCAGACGGUCUUUGGUCGCUAGCGGACGACUGGACGCCCUGUGCCCUGGGCACCGUGCCGUCGUUCCUGCAUCCGCUCGGAAAAGUCGCCAGUCUCGUUUGGAGCAGGGGCGGAAACACGGGGGUGCAGGUGAACGGAACGAGGAACGGAGUUCCGGGGCCGGAAGGGAACGGAGUUCCGGUGCCAGAAGGGAACGGAGUUCCGGGGCCGGAAAGGAACGGGUUUCCAGGGCCGGAAGGAUACGGACGAACACCGGCAACGGUGACGACAGGAGCGGAGGGAAUGAUGCCGGAGUCGGAUGGGGUUCACGUUGAACCGUUAGCCGAAUUCAAUGGCUUCCACGUGCCGGCUGACGAUGGUAAGAACGUUCCGAACGAGGGCGGAAGCUUGGACCGACGGCGAGACCUGGGAGCCGAGAGGAUUGGUGGGGUGCUGGAAGAGAUGCCACGUGGAAGCGGGAUGGAGACAGCCAAUAACGGGGACGGAAUCCACUUGCCAGUAAAUGACGUGUAUCAGGGGGUGACGGAAAACGUGCGCGCCGGGCCUGUUUCCGGGGGGGUAUUUGUUGACGAGAUGUCUGAUAGAGGCAUAGAAAGUCGGGAGGAAGCGGAAAAGGCUAAUGGGCAUUUGGACAAUGCCGGGCUUUGCUUGCAAGGGAGCGUUCGGCACCUAAGUCCGGAAGAGCAGGCACGUAUUCGUGACGGCAUAAGCAUCUUGUAAUCCGGCUUCGGCUAGCUCAGCGUUCCUGAACGUGUCGCCCGUUUUAAUGACGAACAGGAGGGCUUUCCAUUAGAGUCGGGUCCUAAAUGAUCUCUCCUUGAAGCGCAGCAUAAGGGCAAAGCUUUCCCUGGAUAUGUCUGCCGCGGCACGUUUCUGCCAGUCCGACAGUGAGCAUAUCCAAUUGUGUGUGAGGACAAAAAGUCGGGGCUACUAGGCUAUUGACGCAGUCAUUUGAAUUCUUAAAGCUGCUAUAAUAUUCCCAAUGAAGCUAAACGUACGGCUGCUUAUGUACGUGUUUGGAUACAAGACAGUAAAAGCCAGUUGCAUGGUUAAGCAACGGUUGCCAAGUUGAGCAACAGAAUGCGUGCUUUGAACGGUACUGACUGAUUGUGAAUAUGAUUG